AUCCCCAUCUCAGUUACCUUCACCUUCAAGCUGUUCGAGCAAUAGUCCCUGUGGUGGGUCGCACCAAACUGCCCUUAUUAACAGCCCCAACAACACAGUGGAAAUUGAAGGUGUGGUGCUUCAGUCCCAAUUGGAUUUGGCAGAAGAAGAAGAAGAGGGAGAAUGUGAAAAGACAGAAAAGGACAGAGAAAGAGAUCAGCUUUCUAUUUUGACUCUCUUGAUUGAAACUUUCAGGAAAUCUUUGAUAGGUUGCAGUGCUAGCAGCAGCGCUGGAGACCUUUCUUCUUCUUCAAUGGAGAUUGGGUGGCCUUCUAAUGUGAGACACGUGGCACAUGUAACCUUUGAUCGGUUCCAUGGCUUUCUUGGUUUGCCUGUUGAAUUCGAACCUGAGGUUCCCAGAAGGCCUCCAAGUGCAAGUGCAAAUGUUUUUGGGGUUUCAACAGAAUCUAUGCAGCUUUCUUUUGAUGCCAGAGGAAAUAGUGUACCUACGAUUCUGCUUUUGAUGCAAAGACAUUUGUACGCACAAGGAGGUCUGCAGGCUGAAGGGAUCUUCAGAAUUAAUGCUGAAAAUGGUCAAGAGGAGUCAGUGAGGGAACAAUUAAACAGAGGAGUUGUACCAGAAGGCAUUGACGUGCAUUGUCUGGCAGGUCUUAUAAAGGCUUGGUUCAGAGAACUGCCCACUGGGGUAUUAGACCCACUUUCGCCAGAGCAGGUGAUGCAGUCUCAGUCAGAGGAAGAAUGUUCUCAGCUUGUGAGGCUACUUCCACCGACAGAAGCUGCUUUGCUAGAUUGGGCAAUAAACCUAAUGGCUGACGUUGCUCAACUGGAACAUCUGAACAAAAUGAACGCACGCAAUGUUGCAAUGGUUUUUGCACCAAAUAUGACUCACAUGGCAGAUCCUUUGACUGCUUUGAUGUAUGCAGUACAAGUCAUGAAUUUCCUCAAGACACUUGUCGUGAAGACACUGAGAGAUAGAGAGGAGUCUAUGGUAAAUUCCAAUCCUGUUUCCAACCUAAAUUCUUUUGAUGACGAUGGGCACCACAGCACUUCACAACUGAUCCUAAAAGAUGACAGUGAAAGUGAAAAGGAUUGUAAUGAAGAGGAUAAAGAAUUUGUUACUGAAGAACCUUCUCAACAAAGCCCUAGUCAUGGUACAGAAGACAGCUGUGAAACUGAAAGUGGAUCCAAAAUUUUAGACAGCUGUGAAACUGAAGGCGGAUCCAAAAUUUUGACGACAUCCACUGAAAAUUUCAUUUCUAGAGAAAAUAGGUUGCUAGUUGAUACUUGUCCGUGCAAUCUCGUCUCGCAGCUUUGUUCUAUGGCAAUCGGACUUCAGGACUCUAACAACCUUGCUUCUGCUGAGUGUAAGGAGGAUCAAUCAAAUAUCUGCAAGAGCAAAAGCCUUCAACUGAAUACUUCUAAGUUGAUUGACCUUCCAGCAGCAGGAUCCACAGAGAAGAACCUUGGAACCUCAAUUAUUGGCCGUAUAAAUUCAAGAACGGAGUUGGCCGAAGCUUGGCGUUGAGCCAUUGAAUGCCAUUUGAUUUUCUUGAUUUGCUGCCUGUGGAACAGAUAGCAGAAGAUAAAUAGUACUCCCAAGGAUAAUUGAGAGCAUUCGCAUUGUUGGAGUACUCACGUAAAUUCCUUCGGUGAAGAGAUUAGAGGGUGGAUGGGAUAACCACUUGUAAAGAGGUCUGUGUGUGUUUUUCUACGUUUGGAACUGUAGUGUUUUUCCUGUUAUUGUUUUUGGGUGAGGUUCUUAGCCAUGUUUGUUCAUUCUAUUUCAUUAACCAAGCAGAGUUCUAACACACUAUUUUUUCUCUCCUCUCUCAAGUAUAGAGUUUAACGAAUUCUGAA